UGUGUUUGCAUGUUCGUGUGCGCGAGCGGGGAUGUAGAGAGGUGGGAUUGCGAGGAGCGAGGAAGCUGGGGGAACCCACGCGUUUCAGCGUCUGAGAAAGUCAACGCUUUUUUCCAACAAUUGACGGCGAAGAUUUUUAUUUUCCUUUUGUCGUUCGUCAUUAAGACACACACACACACACACACACACUGUGGAGGAUUGUGUUCCCGGUCCAUGAGCUUUUUUCUUCCUGCCUUUUCUCUCUUUUUCUUUUUUUUUGGUGUCACCAUUCUGUGCGGCGCAGGCUGAGAGACACGGAGCGCUCGGACUGUGGGAGCCCUCCCCUCCCCUCCACUCGGAUCUGCUGUGUUUCCAGACGACCCAUGGAAGAGCGUGGAUGAGGGCUGAGCUGUAGAGCGGGCAGAAGGCUGUGGAGCCUGUCUGUUGUUGACCGGUCCAUCGAGGCGAGGAACCACACCUGCCAGGACACAUAACGGACCGAGGAAAGGUCUCUGCUCCCCCUCCUCGCUCACCCCUGCCCCCUUUCCACCCUCACCCCCAACCCGGGCUCGUGCACUCUGGACCAUGUCUGCCAGGCUGUCGGAGGGGGGCCGGACUGAGGACCUCGAGAGGCGUAGCUGCAAACAGGACUCUCCUGUUACUGAGCGUAGGAACCGCAGUGGCAUCAUCAGUGAGCCUCUCAGUAAGAGCCUUAAGAACUCCCGCACCCUCUCGCAGUACACAGCAGUCUCCUCUGCCACCACUAAUGGCCACACGGGCAAAACUGAAAGUAAGAGCCACUCGGCCAAGCCUCAGCCACCCCCGCAGCCCCAGCCCACUGUCUCUGCACUGACUGCAGCCAAGUUGGACCGAACCCUAGAACAGGUUCUGGAGGGACAGAAUGGCCUGCUGCACUUUGCCCAGGCAGCAGCUCUGUUAAAGCGGGCUGGUAUGGAGCACAUGCUUCUGCCUGGGGGCAUGGGAGUGGGAGUUGGCGGCGGAGACGCAGGCUCAGGGGCAAGCGACUUGGAGGGUACGUCUGUCACGGACGCCGUAGGUGGUCCUGUUGACUUCCCAUAUGGAGUAGGAGGUGGCUUCCCCUUCAACCCAGGGCUUUUCAUCAUGACGCCGGCUGGAGUGUUUCUGGCAGAUAGCGCGCUACACAUGGCCAGCCUGGCCGAGUACCCAGCGCAGAGCGAGCUGGCCUCCGCUAUCAACUCCGGUAAAAAGAAGAGAAAACGUUGCGGCAUGUGCCCACCUUGCCGGCGGCGGAUUAACUGCGAGCAAUGCAGCAGCUGCCGGAAUCGCAAAACGGGCCACCAGAUCUGCAAGUUUCGUAAAUGUGAGGAACUGAAGAAGAAGCCCUCUGCUGCUCUGGAGAAGGUGAUGCUUCCUACAGGAGCGGCAUUCCGGUGGUUCCAGUAGGACUCCUCCUCCUCCUCCUCCUCCUCCUCCUCCUCCUCCUCCUCCUCCUCCUCCACUCCCUACCCAAAGCUCUGCCAUCAAGUGCAAUGCCAACUCCUGGAUUAUCUCGGGAACAGACACUGGCUAAUAAACAAGCAACAAAUAAAAUUGUAGAAAAAAAACAAACAUUUAAAAAAAAGAAUUGGGUAAUGGAUGCACCUAAUUAUUCCUUGAACCAAAAAUGAAGCAUCUAUGGCAACUUUCAUUCCCUUUUCUAUGUUCCCGUUUUGGUACUUUUGUCCUUUUUCCAGCAGUUUUUUUCUCUGUUGCUUAAACAUGGAACUGCUCAUGACCAGAAACAGAAAUGAUGGACUGAGUGUGGACAAUCAACUAAUUUCUGUGUUUGGUGUUAAUGUUGUUCAUGUGUGGAAAGAUACAGUACUUGUGUAGAGAAUGUAAAUUUACAGCUAUAUUUUAAAACUAGUGGCUAAUGGCAAACAUUAAUGUAAUUCUUCACCGUCUUGUUUCUUUAAACCCUCGUCUAUUUUAUGAUUGACUUCGUCUUCAGACCAGAGCAAAGAACGCGUGGUGUGAGUGGACAGAGGUCACUACUGUAAUCUCCUCCUCAAUAGUUCCAAACUUUACUUUGAGUGAAAGUGGCAGCCUUAUGUUUCUGUGGCCCUACUGAGCAUGUGCCAAUGCUGCUCAGGGCAAAAGCACUAAGACACAGCACUUGGUCUGCGUCAACCCUGCUGAACGCACUGAGACAAGAUUACAUUUUUUAUUAUUGUUAUUAUUAUUAUUAUUAUUUUGUUGGUUUAUUUGUUACAAUUUCAUGAUUUUCUUAUGUUGCUGGGUAGCUACAGCUUUUACAAAUAACCAAUCUUUGUAUUUGUUUAGAAAAUUGGACUGGUUUUGUGAAUAAAAAGGAAUGCAUGUAUUUGUGUCAAAAUUGA